AAUGCAACCACUGUUGAGCUUCAGCACUUUCCCCUUGAACUACAGCAGUGACGCACACUGUAGAUACCCGAGCCGAAUUCUUUCAUGGCUUAUAAUUGAAGCAUCAAGUGGGAAUGGACUGAGAUUUCAAUCAACGUGUGCAGUAUUUGCAUAUACAGACGAAUUGUAAUUUGCAUGAAAAAUCGCUUCCUUGUUCAAAAACCGUGGCUCAGUUUAAUUUGAAAGUUCAGUCUAAUUCCUACGAGUUUCCGCGUACUCUGCGUACACAAGCUGGGGAAGGUAAAGCUCAGUCUUAAACCAUCAGACAACAAUACAAGGACAAUGGCAGGUUUUACAGAAACAAGCAUUCCUGUUGAAAUGGACGAGUCCAUGACAUUUUGUGAUCAGUAUGCAAAGUUUAUAGAUCAGAAAUAUUCACAAAGCAAAGGAGACAACAUUUGGAAUAAAGGCUAUUAUCCAGUAACUCAUGGGUUGACUAACUAUGAUGAUGUUAGUAAUCAAUGCGCAGGGAUGGAACAGCUGUCAAUACACAAUAUGCAGGAUCCGUGCAAUGCAUGCCAAGAAACUGUCCAUUCCAAGCCACAGGAGACAGAAGAGUCAUAUUUUAACCAUGGGCCAUCAAGUAGACCUUUACCCCACCCAUCUGAAGAUUCUUUGGUUGCUGGGAAACACCAUUCCAACACAGAGAAGGUUCACCAGGAAGACCCAACUGUUCCUCAAAACAAUUCAGAUUCCCUUGCAAGCCAACCUUCCAUCAACAGACCUCCCUCUGACCUUCCCAGUAAGGACACUGGGUAUGACUCCCAGCUUCAGGACAGCCUGGACAUCCACCUUGAGGAUCCUCCUUUGUCUCUGAUGUCAGACAUCAGUAACCCUGAGGUGGCCAGAACUUUCAUAUCCAGGAUCAGAGGUGAAGUACCGAGAAUUGAACCUCAAGACGUCCAUAUGCACUCUGGUCGUUUUGGGCCAGCCCCACAGGGUUGUACAAUGGAAAGGAGACAUGCUCAUCCUGACCUCUGCCCUUCAGUAUUUGACCUAGACCCCAGAGUGUACACGGUCCUCUGUCCACCAGCCAAUGCUUACUGGAGAUUUCCUGAGUGCUGUCGCAAACCGAGUGAGGAGGAAGUCAGACAGGAGCAGUGCUGGGAUCGCCCUUUGCCUAGAUUUCACAAUGCUCAGAAAGGUGGUUACAGUUUGAACAAGUGCAUCCCUUGCAACAUGCGCUGCAGACCUCAUCCAGCUGAAAUUAUGCCUCAGGGUAACCUUAUUCCACCUCCCCCCAUGGCACACACCGUGAGCAGCAAUAGUGACAGCCAGGGCACACUGAAGACCAUCAACCUGCCAGAUGAAUGCCGCAAAGUAUUUGUAACCUAUUCUGUGGACACAGUUGGUGAAAUAAAACACUUUGUGAACACCCUGAGGGUGAAUGGCUUUCAGACAGCAAUUGACAUAUUUGAAGACGCAGUGAGGGGCAUCGAUAUCAUCAAAUGGAUGGACAGCUACUUGAAAGAUAGCUCUGUGGUGAUAAUUGUAGCUGUGAGCCCCAAGUACAAGCAAGACAUAGAGGGAACAGGCUUGGAGCAGUUGAAAGAUGAUCACGGAUUGCACACCAAAUACAUCCACACAAUGAUGCAGCUUGAGUUCAUCCAGCAAGGGAGCAUGAAUUUCAGAUUUAUCCCGGUGCUGUUUCCAAAUGCUUCCAAAGAGCACGUCCCUGGCUGGUUACAGAACACACACAUCUACAGGUGGCCCCUGGAUGAGAAGCGACUCCUGCUGAGGCUGCUGAGGGAGGAGGAGUACAUUGCACCCCCUGUGGGGAAGCUGCCCACCCUUCAAAUCAAACCAGCAUGAUGUCUUACGAAGCCCUCUGUGCUGUCCCUCACACCCCACCUGGAUUACAGCACCUUCCGUGUCUGAUUGUAUCUUUGCUGCUGUUCAGGUCUGUGUUCUGGAACAGCAGCUUCUGUGUUCAAUAUUUGCAGCUUUCUGAGGUGUCUCUUACACUAAAAGCUCUUUACAAAUGGAAUGCUGUUCUUGUUAAGAGAGCAACAUGGUAGGGCUGUAGAAAUACUGAGCGAUAUUUGCUCUGGCUCCUAGGUUGCUUUUUCUAGUGAAUUUUUUUUGAUUCAGUGAUUAGCAACUUUUUACACUUUUUGUUUUAGCCACACCUAUAUCUUUGUCAGUGGUCUCUGUGUUGUCUUUAGUACAAGGACCGGACUUGCAAUAGUGUACUGUACAUCUCCCCUUCCUCCCCAGCAAAGCAGUGUGGUUUGAUUUA